UUUGCAAUCGCAAAUAAAAAUGUUGCAAACAUAUAUAUAAUGUGAGAAGAUGGAUUUCGCGAAUCGCAAUAAUACGGCCAACAAAUUUGUCUGUCCCAGCGACAGGCAGCUCGCCCUGCGUGCCAAAUUGAAAGCCGGCUGGAGCAGCUCAAAGACCAACGAACCCUUGCGGCCCGACGAGCAGGAGGCCAUCAUAUCGGUGAUCCGGCGGAACGAGGAGAUCGAGAUAGCGGAGCGGCAGCGGGUCGGCCGACUUGUCGAGCGUGUCGAGAAGAUCAAGCUGCAUGCCGUCGAGCGCGGUCCAAACUGUUGCCGACUGUGCGGCGAUGCCUUUGGCCUGCUGCGGCCGCAGCGCAUCCUCUGCGAGGAUUGCCGCAAGUCUGUCUGCGCCAAGUGCAGCGUCGAUAUCAAUAUACGGUAUCACAACAGCGAGCGGACCCGCGAGAUUUGGCUGUGUCGCAUCUGUUCGGAGACGCGCGAGAUGUGGAAGAAGUCGGGCGCCUGGUUCUUCAAAGGUCUGCCCAACUAUGAUAUGCCGCGCAGUGCCACUGCCACGCCCACAUCGACACCAGUCGGCUGCGGCCGGGCCGUACAGAGUUGCCACGGCACACCGACGCGUGCCGCACGCAUCAAGAAGCUAACGAUCCGCGUCAACGAUGACACCAGCAGCAGUGGCAGCAACAGCAGCCAUUCCGGUGGCAGUGCACAUUCCGAGCCGGAGGAUGAGCUCGAUGGUGUAACGGGCAAAAUGCCAUCAUCAGCAACAUCGCCAUCGUCUCAACAACACCAACACCAACAGCAACACCAACAGCAACAACAACACCAACAACAACAACGACUGCAGCGUGAUGAAAGUUUCCGUUUGCGUGCCUACGGCUCCAUACGCAGCUUCAUCGACGGCGGCGAACGGAAGCUGUCGAACUCAUUCUUUUUUGGUCGACCACCGACGACGACGACGAUGACAACGAUGACGACGAUGACGACGACGCCGAGGCAUUCACAGUGCCUGGAUGGCUAUGACACCGUUAGCAUCUCGAAUGCAUCCACUGUCGCCCAGCUGCGACGCGAGAGCAGCUUUCUGUUGCGUCGCGGCUCGGUCAGCUCAUCGUGGUCGUUCAGCGAUAGUUCCGGUUCUGGCAACUCGCAACAAAAACAAGAACAGCAGCAACAUCAACAGCAGCAACAUCAACAGCAGCAGCAGCAACAACACUGCCGUGAUCCACUGCUGGGCUGGCUGGAGAUUGCGAUUAGCUAUCGGGAGAGCUACCACAGUCUGGAUUGUACAAUGGUGCGCGCCCGCGAUCUGCCCGCAAUGGAUGCAGCCGGUCUGGCCGAUCCCUAUUGCAAGCUCAAUAUCGUAACGCCCGAGGGACAUACGAAAUAUACGCGUUGGCAGCGCACCAAAACUGUGCACAAGACCCGCAAUCCGGACUUCAAUGAGACGCUACAAUUUGUUGGCGUCGAGCCCGAGGAGCUGGGCAAUUCGCUGCUCUACGUGGCGCUGUUCGAUGAUGAUAAGUAUGGACAUGAUUUUCUCGGUGCCGCCAAAGUUUGCCUCUCCACAGUGCACAGCACGACGGCAAUGUUAAUCUGA